AGUAUAUAGUUAUAAUUUAACGACGAAUGAAAAUUUUGUAUUGGUUUUAUGUUUUGCUGCUGGUGGGAAUCACUCGUUUAUAUCUCUAGUAAGAAAAGAUCUUGUAAUUGCAAAAGGAAAUGGCUACUAGCGCAGCACCGAUUGAAUCUUCACUUACACAGUCGGAUCAUUCACAUCCAACAGAGCAAGUAUCCGACCAAGGUCAACAAAACUGGUUUCAAUCCUGCUUCGAAUGGAUUCGUGGAUGCUGGAACAGCUGUUGCUCUGGCAUUAGAUCCUUGCCGAUUUCCUUUAGAAAUUUAAUUGGGAGAAGUUUUAAUUUACUAAGAGAUGGAAAUACUGAAGCAGGAAACAAUGGUAUUGUGUUACAACCUGAAAAUAUCCCGUCGUAUCCUGCCUAUAUGGAAGAGCCUCCACAGGACAGGGUUGCCAAUAUAGAACAGUCUCCACAAACCAAUUUGGAUAGCUUUGCUAAUUUAGAAACUGACUGCGAUUCCAUUCCUAUAAUCAAUUGUGUCCUUCAGAUGUCUGAGGAGAAAUCUAUAUUUUCGGUGGAAUGAGAGAACCGGCAUUUCAAAUGGUGGCACACAAUUUUAAAAGGAAGCUAAACACGACUGAUCUAUAGUAAGAUUGACGAUGAAUUUAUUGUGUUUUUCAUAAAAAGGAAGUUUGAAAUAUCUUGUUGGUAUAAAAUGUUAAGUUAUUUGUUUUUUUAUUGCAAUUAAUUAUUACGACAAAUGUUAUUUUUAUUGAAAAACAUCAAUGAAAAUUUCAAGCUUCGGUAAUUAUUCCUGAAUUUUUAGAUACCCUAUGUAUAUGCUUUUAAACUAUCCAAUAUGAUAAUUCUUUUAACAUUCUUUACGAGGUGUUUUGUUCAUUAAAGC